AAGCCGAGCGUCUCUCCCUCAGGCACGGGCACCGGCACGGGCCAGCAGACGAUUCCCCACGGAGGUAUGGAGAGGCCGGCGCCCCUGGCCGUGCUGCCCUUCUCGGACCCGGCGCACGCCCUGAGCCUGCUCCGGGGGCUGAGCCAGCUGCGUGCCGAGCGCAAGUUCCUGGACGUGACCCUGGAGGCGGCGGGCGGGCGCGACUUCCCGGCGCAUCGGGCGGUGCUGGCGGCGGCCAGCCCCUACUUCCGCGCCAUGUUCGCGGGCCAGCUGCGGGAGAGCCGCGCCGAGCGGGUGCGGCUGCACGGCGUGCCUCCCGACAUGCUGCAGCUGCUGCUGGACUUCAGCUACACGGGCCGGGUGGCGGUGAGCGGCGACAACGCCGAGCCGCUGCUGCGCGCCGCCGACCUGCUGCAGUUCCCGGCCGUGAAGGAGGCGUGCGGGGCCUUCCUGCAGCAGCAGCUCGACCUCACCAACUGCCUGGACAUGCAGGACUUCGCCGAGGCCUUCAGCUGCGCGGGGCUGGCGGGCGCGGCGCAGCGCUUCAUCCUGCGCCACGUGGGCGAGCUGGGCGCCGAGCAGCUGGAGCGCCUGCCCCUGGCGCGCCUGCUGCGCUACCUGCGCGACGACGGGCUCUGCGUGCCCAAGGAGGAGGCCGCCUACCAGCUGGCGCUGCGCUGGGUGCGGGCCGACCUGCCGCGCCGCGCCGCGCACUGGCCGCAGCUGCUGGAGGCCGUGCGCCUGCCCUUCGUGCGCCGCUUCUACCUGCUGGCGCACGUGGAGGCCGAGCCGCUGGUGGCGCGCUGCCCGCCCUGCCUGCGCCUGCUGCGCGAGGCCCGCGACUUCCAGGCGGCGCGCUACGACCGCCACGACCGCGGGCCGUGCCCCCGCAUGCGCCCGCGCCCCUCCACCGGCCUCGCCGAGAUCCUCGUGCUGGUGGGCGGCUGCGACCAGGACUGCGACGAGCUGGUCACGGUGGACUGCUACAAUCCGCAGACGGGCCAGUGGCGCUACCUGGCCGAGUUUCCCGACCACCUGGGCGGGGGCUACAGCAUCGUGGCGCUGGGCAACGACAUCUAUGUCACGGGAGGCUCUGACGGCUCCCGGCUCUAUGACUGCGUCUGGAGGUACAACUCGAGUGUGAACGAGUGGACAGAGGUGUCACCCAUGCUGAAGGCUCGAGAGUACCACAGCUCCACAGUCCUGGAUGGGCUGCUCUAUGUUAUUGCCUCGGACAGCACUGAGCGCUAUGACCACACCACAGACACCUGGGAGGCCCUGCAGCCCAUGCCCUACCCUAUGGACAACUGCUCCACCACUGCCUGCCGCGGCAAGCUCUAUGCCAUCGGCUCGCUGGCGGGCAAGGAGACCAUGGUGAUUCAGUGCUACGACCCAGACACCGACCUGUGGUCCCUGGUCAACUGUGGCCAGCUGCCUCCCUGGUCUUUUGCACCCAAGACGGUGACCCUGAACGGACUCAUGUACUUUGUGAGAGAUGAUUCUGCCGAAGUCGAUGUGUAUAACCCCGUGAAGAAUGAAUGGGAUAAGAUCCCUUCGAUGAACCAGGUCCAUGUGGGAGGCAGCCUGGCUGUCUUGGGCGGGAAACUUUACGUGUCUGGUGGCUACGACAAUACAUUUGAACUCUCGGACGUGGUGGAGGCUUUUGAUCCAGAGGCUCGGGCAUGGAGUGUGGUGGGCCGCCUCCCAGAGCCCACCUUCUGGCAUGGCAGCGUCAGCAUCUUCCGCCAGUUUAUGCCUCAGACCACGUCAAACGGGCAUGGCUUCGACCUCGACAAUGCCAAUGACUCGAACUUGAACCGGCCCCGGCAGCGCCUGCAGAAUCAGAACCAGAAUCUGAAUGAGCUCCGUUAGCCUUGGCUUCCCCUGCACCUCCCUUGAGGAUGCAGCUCAGCACAGCACAUGGAUCCAUUGACAUUUGGGGGGGAGGGGAGGGAGCACCCCAGUGACUGGUUGGCGUGGGUUGUCCGCAUGCGUGACAAGGCGUUGGGUCUUCGGGAACCUGAGAGCUCUUCGGCUGCGGAGCCCUUGGAACUACUGGUCAGGGUGCCAGCUUCGCUUUCAACACAGAGGGAGAGGCUUCCAAAGCAUCCCUCCUUUUCACUUGUGGGAGAGCCCCCAUGGGCAUCCACCCCUGGCUCCCCGACACCUGCAUUACCCGCUGUUCACUUCCGCCUCCUGAUGAGCCACCGUUCCCAUCUUCAUUCUAGGGUGGCUCGUGGUUGGUAGGACUGAGCCCUAGGUGCCAGGUUGUGAAAAUAUGUGGGCAUGGUAUGUACAGAGAGGCUGGCUAGAAUGCCCUGGGGUCCUGCUCUGAAAAGAACUCCCAGGUGCACUUCUGUAGACCCCCUCUGCUCCCUACCCCCAAUCCCCUUUCAGUGGUAUAUAAGCACCCACCCUACAGUUCACUGUUACAGUUAACUCGCCCAAAUGUGUUUGCUGGGUGCUUGGAACUAGCAGGCUUCAAAGAGGGGGUGAUUUCUCCACAGACUGACCCAGAUAGCCAAACGUCCUGUGGUGUGUGGUCUCUUCAUUCCUUCCCUGCCUAACCUUUGGGACCAGCGGGACAGCAAAGCCAGGUGGGUUUUCAGGAGCUGGUGCUGGUGUAGACCCAUUGCCCUCCUUGUCUCCUCCCCACUCCUGGGAUGGCCUGGUUACUCUUUGCUGUAUUGCUGCCUGGCUGAUUCAGCUCCCUGGGAGUCCAGCCAAAGCCGUGGGGCUGACUCUCCCACACAGCCCACUGUGGACACCGUUAGUGAAGCGGACAGUGAGCCCUUGAGAUUAAAAGCAUCUUUCAAAGAUGUGGCACACCUGCCUGUCCGGUCUUCCGUGUGCUCACCUUGAGAGGGUAGAAUGGAGGGAGAUGUCUUGGGUGAGCACCCUGGGCAGGGAUGUUGACUGCCGGAGGCCCGUGCUGGCCCCUGGAUGUGCUUGCUCUUUCACCUGUUAGGAGCCCAUUUCAGGCCCAGAUCCUGCCUUUGACUGGCCCAAGCUGCCCUCUGGCAGACACCAUCUCCCCUAAACGCUUGGUGGCUGUGUGACCCUGGGCAAGUUACUGUAGGCUCUGUGUCAUGGGCAGUCUGCGUGAGUAGAGGAGGGUGUCCUCACCGGGAGCUUUAAUGAAAUCCAGUCUGGAUUUGUUUUUUUAAUCACAUUUUUAAAUCCUAACGUUUCAAGUAACAUUUUUGCCUUUGUCAGGACACCAUCUCUCCCCAAACUACCCCCUGCAGGGAAUAUGUCAAAUGGACAAUCAGACCUUGAGAUUAAAAGUAUUUUUUAAAAGUUAAGCUAUAUCACACCCUUACAUCCUGCUGAGCCCCCUUGAAGGGGCUCAGUUAAACACUCACACUUGUUUGGAAGAGAUCGAGAGCAAUGUGCUUUGUGUGGCAUCUUGCAGUAGAUGACUGGCUGGCACCCUUCUGAGCACAGUUCACAGGAUAGAGAGGGCCUGAUUUAAAACUUCCCAGUGGAGAAUGGGGCAUCUAGAGGGAAGAGCUGCCAUCUGCAGAGAAUUCAGAGAAAGGAUGGAGGCUUGUGGGUUGGGGGGAGGUGGGGAGCCGGGACAGGCUUCUGGGCUUAGAACCCAGCCCAUUUGGCCCUGGGUUCCAAUCCUGCCCGAGCUGGGAAAGUUACUUAAACCCUCUAUGCCUCCACUUUACUUACCUAUAAAAUGAGGGGUCUCUAAAGCCCUUUCCGGCUCUAAACCUAUGAGCUUAAGGUGAGAGCAAGAAAGUGCUUCUCCUUCAGAACCAGUGACGUCUUGGAGAAGAGGCUCCUUCUCCACCUCUGUUGGGCUCUGAGGCCAAAAUCAGGACACAUUUGUUGGUAUUUCCCGAUCUGAGAACCAUCUCUUUGGGGGCCGUGCCAAGUCAGCUCAGUUGUAAGAAGUGUCACAGGUACAAACAAUCCUGGGCAAGAAAAUGCAGGAUAAAGUGAAAGACAAGGGGCAGAUGAAUUUGGAACAGAGGGCUGUGUUCUCCAUCCGGCUUUGUGUUCCCAAAUCCGCUGCCCCCUCGGCCUCAGUUCCCCACGUUGGGAGGAUCAGAUGAGAUAGUCUAUGCAUGUGCUUGGCAAAUCUUCCAAUACUCCAGUAGUUGACUGUUACUAUUAUCACUUAGGGGGGCUCUUGGUGGGCAUUCACCAGGUCCAUUUGCAGAGGAGAUUUAUGUGAAGGAGGAAUGCCUCUACUGCUCACAGCCCCGCCCCAGCUAGGUGGGCAGCUGGCCCCGCAGGGUUCCCCCGUCUGCCAUCGGGUGAGGUCAUGCUGCUGGGGGUUUCACACCUGACCACCAGUCACCCAGUCAUCCCUGGGGCCCCACCUCUCUUCUUUGCCACUGCCUCCUUCCCCUUAUCCCAAGUCCCUGCUGUAAAAUCACAAACUUGAACCCUUAACCCUCUACCACCCCUUUCCCUUCCUGGAUUAGCACUGAUAUUAAGUUGGUGGUCUGUGCCUGUUUGUAUGCGUGUGUGUGUGUGUGUGUGUGUGUGUGUGUGUGUGUGUGUGUGUGUGUCUCAGUACUAAACUGAACUUGCCUUAUAGGAUGGUAAAGAGAAUUCUGUGACAAAUAUUGAAUGUUGAACUCUUAGAGAAAGUACUCUAUAUUUAUAUGGAUCCUCUAGAUUUGCUUACCCCAAGGCUCACUCCUGUGGAAGAUGCCAGAACCAAAGUAUGAAAUAGGGUUGUGUAUUUAUUUUUACUGAAUCAGACUUCCGUGUCCCGCAUCGUGGUUAAGGCAGCCAUCCCAUACUUUUUUGAAAUAAAGACAUUUCCUAUAUA